GCUUUAGCAUUUUGUUUAAUUCACUGGAGUUUAGGAAAAUCUCAUAAAUAUUUAUCUUUUCAGCAGCCAUAAAAGACAUAAAACUAUCUUUAUUUUUAUCCUUCUCUUCUCACCCGUUUUAAUGUUGUAAACAAGUCAUAUAUUACAGGGUUUGUGUGGACGUGGUAGAGAUGGACAGCAUCACUGUCUGACACUGUCCUCAAACAGACCCAGAUGAAGUUUAACAUUUUGGCAGCUGCUUCCUCCAGAAGUGUCCUGAAACUCGGUGAGACCAUGUGUGUGUUUGAAGAGGAGGAACCACCACAUGCUCUGCAGACCGUUCGUCUCCUAACAGUCUGGGUUACAGCUCUACACAUAAUGGAGCUGCUGCUCAAAAGACAGAGUGACAGUUACACCGACCGUACUGUGUCGCUGUUGAAGCGGAGCAUGCGCGGUGCGCGCAGCUGUCAGCAGCAUCAGGACCAAAGCCGUGCACAGGAUGCUGCGAUGUUGGUGAAGUGAGAUGCGCGUGAACACGGUUGGAUAAACCAUCAUUAGACUGAACCCAUCACCUCCGGCAGCAGCGUCAUUCCCGGAGGCGGCAGAGAGUCGAGUUGGCACCGCGGCGCAGACGCGGAGCAGAUGCGCCCAUAAGACCACAACAACAGCACCGACUCCGAUGACUCUGCUGCGACACUGCGAUGGAUAAAAGAUUCCUCGUCGUCCCGUUUUAGGGACCGCAAGGUGCAAGUGUUCCCAGUGGGAUGCACAUCAGUGUCUGUCCCUACUCCCUGACCGUCAUCAUGGCAGCUCUGUACCAGGGCACGGACGCUUCCUCUCCGGAUAAAUUUCUGGCCUUGAAGGAUGUGAGGGAGGUGAAGGAGGAGACUACGCUGGAUGACAAGCUCUUCCUGCUGGCAUGCGAGAAAGGUGACUACUACAUGGUGAAGAAACUCUUGGAGGAGAACAAACACGGCGAACUCAACGUCAACUGCGUGGACGUGCUGGGCCGAGACGCCGUGACCAUCACCAUCGAGAACGAGAAUCUUGACAUCCUGCAGCUUCUCCUGGAUCAUGGCUGUCAGGCCACAGAUGCCUUGUUGGUGGCUAUAGACUCAGAGGUGGUUGGAGCCGUGGACAUCCUCCUCAACCACAGGCCCAGGAGAUCGUCCAAGCCCUCGAUUGCUAAACUGAUGCAGCGUAUUCAGAACCCAGAGUACUCCACCACCAUGGACGUGGCACCGGUCAUCAUGGCAGCCCACAGGAACAACUAUGAGAUCCUGACCAUGCUGCUGAAACAGGACAUCUCUCUGCCGCGGCCUCACGCCGUAGGCUGUGAGUGCACGCUGUGCAACGCUAAGAACAAGAAGGACAGCCUUCGACACUCCAGGUUCCGCCUGGACAUCUACCGGUGUCUGGCCAGUCCCUCACUCAUCAUGCUGACUGAGGAGGAUCCCAUACUCAGAGCCUUUGAGCUGAGUGCAGACCUGAAGGAGCUCAGUCUGGUGGAGGUGGAGUUCAGGAAUGAUUACGAGGAGCUGGCGAAGCAGUGUAAGAUGUUCGCCAAGGACCUGCUGGCACAGGCUCGAAACUCACGAGAGCUGGAGGUUAUUUUGAAUCAUACCUCCAGCGAAGAUCACGUGAACAAGAGAGGUCUGCUGGAGGAACGCAUGAACCUCAGCCGCCUCAAACUGGCCAUCAAGUACAACCAGAAGGAGUUUGUGGCUCAGUCCAACUGUCAGCAGUUUCUCAACACCGUGUGGUUCGGAGAAACGGCCAGUUACAGGAGGAAACACACCUGUCUGAAGAUGGCCACUGUUCUGAGCGUAGCCAUGCUCUGGCCGCUGCUCUCCGUCUGCUACCUUCUGGUUCCACGCUCACGUGUGGGUCAGAUCAUCCACACGCCCUUCGUCAAGUUCAUCAUCCACAGCGCCUCCUACAUGACCUUCCUGCUGCUGCUCAACCUCUACUCCCUGGUCUACAACGAGGGCAAGAAGAACACCAUGGGCCCCGCGCUGGAGAUGAUCGACUACCUGCUCAUCCUCUGGAUCAUAGGGAUGGUGUGGUCAGACGUAAAACGCCUGUGGUAUGAAGGCCUGGAGGACUUCCUGGAAGAGUCCAGGAACCAGCUGAGCUUUGUGAUGAAUUCCCUAUAUCUCGCAACCUUCGCUCUCAAGAUAGUUGCUCACAGCAAGUUUAAGAACGUGGAGGACACUGAGAGGAAAAACUGGGAUGCCUUCCAUCCCAUCCUGGUGGCCGAGGGUCUGUUUGCCUUCGCUAACGUUCUGAGUUACCUGCGACUCUUCUUUAUGUACACCACCAGCUCCAUCCUCGGGCCGCUGCAGAUCUCCAUGGGUCAGAUGCUGCAGGAGUUUGGGAAGUUCCUCGGCCUCUUCCUGCUGGUCCUGUUCUCCUUCACCAUUGGACUCACUCAGCUUUAUGGAGGGAAUGAGAAGGAGAAGAACUCACCACCCAGGGACUGCGAGGGCAUCUUCUGCCCACAGCAGAGCAACAGUGCAUUCCACAGCUUCAUGGGAACCUGCUACGCCCUCUUCUGGUACAUCUUCUCCCUAGCGCACGUCGCACUGUUCGUCACCCGCAUCAACCUAACGGAGGAGCUGCGUUCAUUUGUCGGCGCCAUGAUCAUCGGCACCUACAACAUCGUGGUGGUCAUUGUGCUGACCAAGCUGCUGGUGGCAAUGCUCCAUAAAAGCUUCAGACAAAUUGCCAAUCACGAGGACAAGGAGUGGAAGUUUGCUCGAGCCAAACUGUGGCUCAGUUACUUUGACGACAAGUGCACUCUGCCACCACCUCUGAACAUCCUGCCCUCCCCGAAGACCGUGUGCUACUUUGUGACCAGUAUGAGCAAGUGGAUCUGCUCACACACUUCGAAGGGCAGAGUGAAGAGACAGAACAGUCUGAAGGAAUGGAAAAACCUGAAACAGAAGCGUGACGAGAACUACCAGAAGAUCAUGUGUUGUCUGGUUCACCGCUACUUGACGUCCACGCGCCAGAAGAUGCAGAGCACAGACCAGGCCACCGUGGAAAACCUCCACGACCUACGCCAGGACCUCUCCAAGUUUCGCAACGAGAUGAGGGACCUGUUGGGAUUCCGGACGUCCAAAUACGCCAUGUUCUACCCGAGGAGCUGAACGUCUCGACAGGACAUCGGCCUCAGGUUUCUCUGGGAUUCUGUGCGACCCGAGCAUGAGCAAAAACGAAUAUUCGUAAGAUAAACUGCAUUUUGAGUCACAGACAUGACUUCAAAACUUGGAUUUAAUAAGAAAAAUAUCUAAAUAUAUAUAUAUAUAUAUAUAUAUAUAUAUUCCCAGAACAGCCUUCAGGUUAAGCCCCCUAGUGUAUUAUGCGGCUCUACAGCUUUUUUUUGUAAAUAAAGAAAUUGUUUUCAAAAGGACAAAUAAAAAUUUUGGAAAAUUCGCUGGAGCUUUAAUAGUCAAAAUAUUCGACCUGAAUCAAACCCUGCGUUCAAGACUUGAAUAUUCUUAGUGAUUUCUAUCUCUGAAAGUGAUAUUUGGACACUUUGGGCCAGAAAAGUGUCAGUUGUUGGACCAACAGUCCCACAGGCCCGGUCCGUUGAGACGCACGUUACACAUCAUCUGAUCCAGCCUCAUGAUUAGCAGCACAUAUUUCACUAAUCUCUGCUGACCCAGUUUGGUUUCUGUGCAACGACGGGAAAAAAACACACGAGGAAAACGUAGAUUUUUUUAUUUUAUUCGAGCAGUUGAAAACAGUAAAAUAUAAAUAACAUUCACAGACAUUAUUUUCCGUAUGAAAAUAUUUUUCUUUCACACCUCUUCCUUGUCAAACAACGACAGUGAGUAAAUGGUGAACACUAAUGUUGGUGCAUCCGUAAACUAAGAGGAAGAGCUCCAGCUACAAAGAUGUUUGUUUCACAUAAAAACCAGCAUAAAUAUAUAUAUAUAUAUAUAUAUAUAUAUAUUUGAAAGAGUCACGUACUGCAGAUAUUAAAUAUUGCACUUCAAUCACCACAUUAAGAAACCUCCAAGCCCCGCCCACUUCUGAACCCCAUCGUUACACAUGAGUUAUUCCCAUUUAGUAAAACUCAGUUGGAGGCCUAAAGGCUUAGAUAUAUAUUUGGGACGAUUUUUGACAGACUUUGUCUUUAAAUUAUAUUAAAAAUUAAACCCCAAAUUUCAUUGACAUUGCACACAAUCACAAUGGAGGACAACAAUACACAAAACGUGGAACGUCAAAGAAAACGUGCACAGACACAGUUUUAACAAAUAGGUCUGUGGUCUGUGGAAUUAUUACCCAAUCAGAUUCAGUUUACAGAACUACAGUGUAAUUAAACAGAAAUAUCACUUUACUGCAAUUAAAUGAAAUAAUCUGUGGUUUCCUUCCAUAGACUGUUAAUAAGAAACGGUCGUAUUUGGCUUUGGAAAACGACCCAAAAGAGAUCGGCUUCUCACUCAGAUUUCAGUAACAUUUCCUGAUGAUCUUAUUGACUGAAUACUUAGGUUUAGGUAUUUUUUUCUAAAUGCGAUUUUAAUUUCCAAAACCGACUUCUUCAUCUGUUCUAAGAAAUGAUUACAGACCUAAAAAGAAUCUUGUCUAGAACUUACAGAAACUUUUCUCCAAAAUGUUAUUCUGCACGCUCUACGGCUCAUGUUGACUUCAGGUGCUUUUAAAAUUACAGGAAAAAAAA